CAUCCCGCGGCCGGCUAUUGAUCGACGGGGAUAGGCCCACGGGUGAUCUGACCGGAUCUACCUCCAUUACUGCCGGCUAAAUUGGAGACAAACCAAGGGAGACUGAAUUUAUAAAAAGUCGCGAAGCAUCCCCUCGUCUUCUACAUCCCAACUUCUCAACCGCAACAUAUCUUCACUUGAAAACUACACGAUGUUCAAUCUCAAAUCCAUCCUUUUCGCGCUUUCCGUCGCUUCUGUCACCUGUGCUGCCCCAAAUGGGAAGGCGCUGCUUGAACUUGUUAAGCGCCAGGCGACCGAGCCCGGUACUGGCACGAAUAACGGCUAUUUCUACUCCUUUUGGACCGACGGUGGUGGUGAUGUGACCUAUACCAACGGCGAGGGUGGCCAAUACAGCGUGGAGUGGAAAGAGACCGGAAACUUCGUUGCUGGCAAAGGCUGGAACCCCGGUAGUGCUAAGGUCAUCAACUACAGCGGAACCUGGAACCCCAGCGGCAACAGCUACGUGUCAGUGUACGGAUGGACAACCGACCCGCUGAUCGAGUACUACAUCGUCGACAGCUUCAGCACCUACGAUCCGUCGACUGGCGCUGAGCAGCUCGGCACUGUGGAGAGCGACGGCGGCACGUACAAGAUCUACAAGACCACUCGCGUGGAUGCACCGUCCAUUAUAGGCACGGCCACCUUCGACCAGUACUGGUCGGUGCGCACCGAGCACCGCGUGGGUGGCACAGUCACGGUGCAGAAUCACUUUGAUGCGUGGUCCAAGUCGGGGCUGACACUGGGCUCGCAUGACUACUUGAUUCUUGCGACUGAGGGGUAUCAGAGCAGUGGGUCUGCUAGCAUGACUAUUGAAUAGUGGCCUACAGUCGACUGUUGAUCUG